GCUUCCCCGGAAAGCUGCAUCGUCUCAGCAUCGCCAUUUUAUGUGUUUGGCUCUGAGACUGGGACGGUGGGUGCGUGCGGUGCAAAUUACAGAUCGUAAUUCCGUGCAUUGUCUGCAAGAUGUUACCCAAAUACUUUGCACCCGACAUGUACAAGUAACGACAGGUGUCGGAGGUGUGUGAUCGGGCAGCGCGAAGGCUCGGGCCGAAAUGGUCCCGGAAUAGUGAGCUGUGCGUGAGUGUGUUUUCAUCGAGUAAAGUGCGUCGCACCACUGCUGGUCUUUUCGCCGCUGCUGUCAUCGUUUGUUAACAUAUCUGUGCCAUUCGGAGAGCGGGCUUUGGGUCAAAUUACGGACGGCCUCUGGAUUCCCAGCGACACCUUCGCCACCAUCUACGAUGAGUUCGCGCAACAUACCCUCAGACAAGAUAAACCUACGCCUUAUUCUUGUCAGCGGUAAGACAAAAGAGUUCCUAUUCAGUCCGAGCGACUCUGCAGGGGACAUAGCGCAUCAUGUGUUUGAGAACUGGCCGGAAGACUGGGCGGAAGAGGCGGUCGCCAAAGCGGAGAUCUUGCGGUUAAUCUACCAGGGCCGUUUUCUGCACAGCAAUGUCACGCUCGGUGCUCUUGGGCUUCCUUUCGGGAAAACCACGGUGAUGCAUCUGGUCCCGCGAGAGAAUCUUCCCGAGCCUAAUUCUCAAGAUCAGAGGCAAAAAAGUAAAGGCGGAGGGAGUAGUUGCUGCUCAGCUUCCUGUCGCAUACUUUAAAGAAAACGUCGGCUGCCCUGGAUAUAUUUUGAGGUCGUUCCGUAUGAGAGCCAGCUCCCACGUUCUUCAAAGCUGAGCCAUGGUUUCUAAGGUUUCGAUGCCGGUGUAUCAUUGUUAGUGGCUGAGCCUCGUGAGCAGUGUAGCAAAGGAAAAAAAAAGAGAAAAAAGAAAUCAAGUUGUCGCACCCUCUUCGCCGAUUCGCAUUAAUUAAAACGGAGCAGAGAAGAAUACAAGAGAACGAGAGAAAGAGCCAAGCCAAGAACAAGUUUUACGUCUGUUCGCCCGUGGCGCACGCUGAAACAACGAAAACACGUUGUCCGCCGUCCCAGGUGAACAAAUUCGAACAUCGUUAUCGUCGUCCCAUGUCGUUUCACCUUUUGUGUAAAAAGAGCAAAGUAAAAAUUAUAGAUUGAAAUUCUGUGACAAACGCCUGUACAUCUUAUUCCCGAAAAAAGUUCAUGACCAGAACCAAGCGAUGGCGAACCAUAUAAGCAUAAAGAGCUGUGUAUCUUGUUUUGUUCGCUGGUAGAUACGUACUCAGUCUGUUUGCACUGGAAAUCUAUUUGCGAGCAAUCUCGCAACAGGAGAGCUCGUUUUCGGGGAUAUCGAUGACCUCGUUCAAGUAAUAGGCGUAGGGAACGCGUAACGACAAGAGUCGAGACACAGACAUCGCCGUUUAGCCCUUCGCCGUGUUCCAGGGAGGGGAAGUUACGCGUCUCGAGGGACGUCGGGGUUCUUGAUCGGAGGGCCUCGACUCUUGGUAAUUAACACCAUUUGUUGAAAAAGAAAAGUAAGGUAAAUUUGUUCGUCGCAGGAGAUUAGCACUUACAGGAAACGGUUUCGCGGGCGAUAAUUCGAAAGCUCUCUCCUCGAACGGCGCUACACGAUGCUUAGAAACUCAACCACUAUCCGACUAUACUGCAGCGUUUAAAUAGUAAUUAUUAUUGUAGACGGAAUCCGCGUGUAUGUUUAAACGUACGAAUGAAUGUGUCGCGUUUGAGAGAUCGACAGAGCGAGAGAGAACGAGAGCGCGCGAGCGAGAGAGGGAGAGAGAGAUAAAUUUAUGUUGUGAUAUAUGCAGGUAGUGAAUAUAAUUAUAUAUUAUACAUACUAUUAUAUUAAAAUUAUAUAUUAUAUAUAUAUGAAAUUAUAUAUAUAUAUAUAUAUAUAUAUAAUGGUAUGAGACAUGUUGACACGCAGUUAAACUCUCAUACACAGGAUAGACUUUAUCGUGAAUUUAAAGUAAUAUUAUGACGCCACUUCGAGAGUUUAGUAUUUCCGGAAUAAGAUUACAGAGAGGAGAAAACAGAACAUUGGAUCUCUAAUGGUAGUUAUGAUUAAAUAAAAUCUCAAAUAUAUCUCCUGUUAGCUCCUUCGUUUCCACUUCUUUUCCACCGUUGUUCCCCGCUCUCUCCCUUCCCUUUGCCCCAAACGUCCCUUCUUCUUCGAACCUUCGCUUGACUACAUCACUCCGCGCUCUUCCUUUUUAUUCUGUUUCCACCCGUCCAUUUUUAAUUGAUCGGGCCUAGAAAUCAUUCGUAGACCCAAAACUAACAAUUCGAACAUUAUAGGCGAAAGUAUCCGAUUAUGGCGAUGAUGAUGAUUAUUAUUAUUAGUACUAUUAUAUCUAUUAUUAUUAGAUUAGGUCCAACCAAACCACACACGUUUUAUGAUAAGUUGUAGCCUAUUCUAUACUCAACUAUGCUACUGUAUAAUGUACUAUGACACUAUGACUCUUACCAAUGCAUAACACACGUGUAUAUAAUAUAUAUAUAUAUAUAUAUGUAAUGUUCUCAUAUGUAGCGAAAUUCAUCGUAAGACGAGCGAUAUCGUUGGACGUUUAUUUAAUUUAUUGUCGUACAGAACAUCGAUGGACAAUGCGUCCCUUGCACAGUCCGAGAUGGAUCGGUAUCUGCCUGACUCAUAAACCUGUGCAUCAUAUUUAAAAAAUAUUUCUGAACAACAAUCGAUUAGAACUGUUUUCUCUGACAAAAAGUGUGUUCCAAAAAAGUUAAAUAUGAACGGAGUUGUUGUUAAUUCGAAAUGUUCCGUACAAUUUGCUUUCGAAUCUUUGAAAUUUAAAGAAAAUUGAAGAAAGAAGAUAUUUAUCGUGCCGUUAAGUGUCAUUGAAAAAUUCGAGAUAGCGUCUCGAGGAGAUGUAUAAGAUUAAAGACGAUAAUGUUGUUACUGUGUGCAGCAUUUCUUAUCCAGCUUUUUAAUCUUAUAUUCAAACACACGAGUAAAUAGAUUCUUUUUUUACAGGAAUAAUGAGAUUGUUUGCGAUUCUGGCAUCUCGAAUGCGUAUAGAUACGACGAUAGGUUUAUGGGAAUGGCUAGCGCUAUGAUUUAGCAUUUUAUCUACUGAUUCGUCGCUGCCUUCGUUCUUUGUUCAUAUUUCCUUUACCAUCACUUUCCUUCUCCCUAUUUUUCAUCUUCUUGAGUAUCGUUAAGGCAUAGAUAAUCUAUGUAUAACGGAUGCUGUUUAUAAAAGUAACAAGUUGUUUAGCUAGUAAGUUAAAAGAGUUGCGAAUAAACACAUCACGUAGAUACAGGAGAACACGUGGACUAUCAGAAGCAGAUACGAUCAUUGCGUUUCAAUUAACGCAACUAUUAAUUACCAAAUACUAAACACUGGGUUAUUAAUCCUACGCCAACAUUCAUUCGAUUAUUAAGUCGUGGUAAAAAAAAUGCAUGUAUUGGAAAGAAGGGAGGAAGGAAGAACUCGCUCUGUAAUAAGCUUGUUGUACAGUUCCUUUGACGUUACAAUAUUACUUUAAAGUCUCGCUGAAGAGAUAGAGAAAACUGACGAAACGCGAGGUGAACGCGGAUUGAGCGAACGAACCUCGAAGUUGGUAGGGACAGUUUUCGGUGAAUCUGCAGAUAGAGAGCAACUUCCCCGAUAUUCCGUUUAUAUUUUUAAUACGUUGUUGGAACGUGACUCCUUACAACAUAUUAGAACUUCAUUGAAAUCGGAAAAAUUGCCCUUUAUCUAAACACUUGCCAGCUUUCUUCGAGCAUAUCGUUCGAAAUUUCACCUCGUCUGUCGUAACAGUUAUUUUUGAACGCUGCGGCGCGAUGUAGACUACACGUAAAAAGGAAGUGGAAGCGUUCCGAUUAGGGAAGAAGAACUAUCGACGACGAACCAGUUUUCUGAAUAAAGAAAAAGAGAUAUUUUCAAGGUUGUUAACACCCACGCCAUCGGCCACGACUCCCGUCUUUUUCUCUCUGAACAUCGAUGACCUUUGUUCUCGUUUCCGUUCGCCGUAAUAUAAAGAUGAUCUCACACCAAUGCAAUCGGAAUGAGAAAAAAUGAACACUCUGUCGCACCUAUCAGCGCGAAACGUGAUGAGUAAGAGAGAGAGAAAGGGGGCAGAAAAAUAAAGGAGGACAAAUCGGACUCCGAGAGAUCGCGUGAGAAGAGGGAUUACUUUACAAAAAGAGAAAAAAAGAAAUAAAAAUGGAAUGAACUUAAAUAGUGUAUUAUAUAUAAAAACUAUACGCCUCACUCUAUUUGCUGUUUAAACGAGAAAGAUGAUAAAAUAAAAUGGUAUUCUUAAAUACAACAAACAAGUAAUAACGGUAAUAUUAAUAAUAACGAUAAUAUUAAUAACGGUAAACAGUCUACGAGGAAUAUUAAAAACUUACACAUACUUACAUCAUAUCAAAAUUUCUAGCGGUUAAGAAUCAAAUCAUAGGUUUAUUUGUACACGCGUUUUUCCCGAGCAAACCGCGCGCGUAAUAACAUGAUACCAUCGUGCAACCCGACGUACAAAACGUUUCUUUUUCUUUCUUGAUUAUUCAUUGAGGACGCCGUCACACGUGCAUCGUGACCGACCAACUAUUACAGCUAGUUAGCACCGGUUACGAUGCGAACUCUAUGAUACGUGGUUCGCGGACGAUCGUCACCGUCAUUUUCAUCUAGAUAUGAGCUGAUUACAGGUUUUCGUUGCCUAACGUGAAAAACGAGGAAACGCCGAGGCCGGAGUUACAAGUUGGUACGGAAUGAGCAUGACUCCGCUGCUAAACGGUCUCUUCUCUGUGUCAUUAUAUUUAAUUGAGGCAAGGAAGACGAGGCCUGAAAUAGAUUAAAUUUCAUAAGCCAAAGGAGAUUCUUCGUUCGCGAAUCGAAAGCCGUAAUCAAUUCAUGUUAAUCUUAAUCAAACGCAUCGCAUCGGCAUUUCUCAUCUAUCAGAUUUAGAGCAUUGUUAUCGCUAGUCAGACAGAUUUUAUCGAUCGCGAAAGAGGAUAUUGGCGGAUCAACGAAACGAUAAUAAUGUAUAUUUAAAGAAAAAAGAAUGCCACGAUACUCCAGAUAGUGAUUAUACGAGAAAUAUAAAUAUAAUUUUAUCGCUGCUCCGGCAAGGUAGAUCGUUGUGAACGCAUCAUCUAGCGAAAUCAAAAUGAUACACAAAACGACCCUCGUCAAAAGAGGAUUUCGACCCAAAGAGGAGCUUCGCGCGUAAACAUUCCAAAUUAUCUACCUUUGGAUUUGAAGUCGACCCCACCCCUCACUUCACUACCCUCCCUGCCCUCCUUUUAAUUAAUCGUCCCACUUGAACCGCGUUAACGAAGAGAAAUCGUAUUCCGUGUUAUUCGAUGUUAAAAAUAUCGCGAUCACAGUUACGUUACGAUCUAAUCGUAUUCGGUGAAACAAUUGUAAUUAAAAUAAUAUACGUCAUAGCUGGAGGAAAAGUUUUAGCGAACACACCUUUGUGAUCCGAUACACACAAACGCAGAUAGGCAAAGUCACACGGUCUUUAUUGACGUUCACGAUUUAACGACAAAGAGAAAAUGCAAAAAGAAUGAGAUGAAGAAUGAUAAUAAAGUGUACAAAGCGAACUAUAAUUUUAUACGGAAAUCGGAAUGUAAUGAUUUUACUCGAGACCCGUGAAAAACAAAUUUCGCGCGUGACACUUUCAAACUCUUUAGAACCAAACGGCGAUGUUGUUGCUGUGUACAAAAUUAUUCUCUGACAACUCUCUGUACUCUCUUCAAUGUGACAAAUAAUCCCCUUUAUUGAUUUCACGUUUUAUCCAUGCAGUUUGAUGAGGACAGUAUUUUUGUAGGCGAAAGCUUUUCUAUUCACGCGAUACAUAAAUGUACGCGCGUACUUGUGAACACUUAGGAUUGCGCGAAUUCGUGAAAAUUGUUUUCGAAGGGUAAAAGAGAAAGAUAUGAGUACAGAACACUCGUCUAAUAAUUUUGAGCUUAAUUGCUGAAAAUGCAAUCGUUAAAUCGCUUUCUCUUUCCUUCUUCCUGCUCUGAAUUCUUAUUUCCUUUCAUUAUUAACGAGGAGAAUAAUUUACGCAAUCAAAUGUUUGAUUUACUCUCGGAGGAAAUGGUUUCGAGGUAAAAGAAAAGGAAGGAAAAUCUUUUAAUCCUUUGAUCAAAAGGAGAUGUAUAAAACGUUUUCAACUGGCCGUCCUACAUAGAAUAUGGCGAAUGGUAAAUAUAUUAUUUGGAAAACUAUCCUAUUUAUUAUCAUAAUUUAAAUUAUCGAUGCGUGUAAAAUCGUGGAACAGGUGAUACAGCAUGCUAAAGUUAAAAAAAAAAAAGGAAAGUGUAACGGAAUGUAACACGCAAGAAUUUUUGUAGAUUUUAUGUUAAUAAAGCCGAUGUUAACAAAUUCUUCCAUAUAUUGAUUCAAGUAAAAUAAUUUGAAGAGGAAAUGAAACAAAAAACGAAUUGAGAUCUCUUUAAGAAGAGAAGAGAACACCAAACUUGUAUCGACGAUUAAUUUACCUGCGUGUUAAUUUUGUCUGAAUGUAAUAGGAAAACGCUAAGAACGAGCAAUGGUGAAUGACAAUUGUUUGAUAUCUCACACAUCCCUCUUGUGUUCGCGUUUGCUGAACGAGACUUACCGUUACUUUUUGCCAAGCGUCUCUAUGUAAUUGUAUCAUUUAAAACGCAGUCAAAUAUCUUAUCAUACAUGUAACAUAGAGUAAGGAGUAUUAUCAUGCCAUAAAAGCGACAAUGGUAAACGUUUCUAAACGAGGAAUCAUAUAGUGAUAAAGAGAAAAAAAAAAUACCAUAUUCAUUCACGCAAGGAUACUCUCAUAUUAACUGUGUACAUGACAUCUUCAUUUCUUAUUCUAACGAUAUUGGAUUUACGAACAGGCAUCUCGAGUUCCCCUUCUGCUUUCUAAUUUGUAAUGUUCAUUUUAAAAAUUAAUCUCUACCGCAUUGAUUCUGUGUAGGAUAGACGUUUAUCUAUUUUACCGCUAACUUUUAGGUAACGAUUAACUAUGUAAAUAGCGUGACGAACAAUUAUUAAAUUGAACGACGACGGAGUUAGAAUUUUUUCAACGGAUUGCCCCAACGGCUAUCCAAUGAUAUAUAGAGUUUUGUUAUCUGUUGCGCAGAGGUGAAACCAAUUUCUUACAAUAGGGCACAGCAUAAAAUAAUAUGUUGCGGCGCGGCGUGGCUGGAUAUUUCUAUAAAAGUAAAAGUAAUUUCUACGACGUAGACUUGAUGUGCAACUGUGAAGAACCGUCUUGUAAUUGUUGAUAAUUUUUAAAAUGAGAGUGGAUGAUAUAAGGUAUGUCCACAUACUGUGCCGUCUUGUAACGAACUUGUCGAUACAAUAUCAAAUUUUUGGAGGACUUAUUGUUAAGCUUACGUUACACACCUCAUUUGUAAAUAUUAGAUCAUAUUUUUGUCUGUAGCAUAAUGAGGAUUUUAACUGCAAUUUAUUUAGUUCAUAGUGAUAAGAUAAUAAAGCUAGAAAAUAUAAUGGGAUAAAUGAGUCGUUGUUGUUAUUAUUACUCGUAAGCAAUUGUAUGUACAGCCAGCUUUUAUUUAUUGCAUUUUUUAGUUAAAUUACAAUUUUGCCACGGUUGAAAGUCCGAUAAAUAGAAAUCAAUGGAAAAUUCAGAUAAAAGGUUAUGUACAAUAAAAUACAAAUACACAUGAA